GUACUCACCUUACCAAGAAAGCAAAAUCAAAAAUUAGAAACUUCCUUGAUGUCGGUUUUCUCCUCUUGUUCUUGAUAGAGAAAGAGAUAUUUGAUUGAAGAAUUCGUGAACGAAAACAGCGCUCUUUCAGCAAGCGAAAGUACGUAGAUCAAAGGACACGUCAAAAAAUAGAUUGCAUCGCUUAAGUGUAAGUCGCCCGCCGGGCAGCCAGAAAGAUGUUGAAGAAAAACCUAGCGGCGACGCUUCGGCGUUCGUCUGCUGGCAGCAGUGCGGCCCGCCGGGCGUGCGCGGCAGCCAAUAACGCGAUUCAAAAAUUGGCAGCGCAAACGAGUGCGAGCAGUUCUGGUGCAUCUUCGAGGUCGUUUUCCACACAGCAAGAAAUCAAAUCCAUCAUUGAGAAGCGUGCCAUCGCCGCGAAAAAGGAACUGGCUACCCUAGCGCAGUGGUUCGAGCGGUAUGAUGGCGAGGGCACCGGGGCGCUAAACGCCACGCAGCUGCAGCGGGCACUGAAAGACCUCGAACUCCCCAGCGGCGAAGUGGACGUCGCGCAGCUCUUCAAGGAGCUGGACGCCAACAAUGACGGAUCCAUCGAGCUGGCCGAAUGGCUCGACAACUUGCCAUAUAAAAUGCAAAAAUGUCUGGGUCUGGAAGAUUGCAGGAGUUCGUCAUGCAUCUUCUGGAUCACGCAACUGGUCUCUAAUGCACGCAAAAGCAUUACGAUUACAGGUUUUGCGCGGGCCUCCUGAUGUCUAUCCCGCAUGAGAAAUUCCCUAUUUGCGUAGCAAGAAAUGGGAAGCUUUUGGUGCUUAUGCAAUACAAAUUUUUGCCCAUUCCAGAAAUCGCAUGACAAGUUCCAACUCUUCCAGACCCAGACAUUUUUGCAUUUGAUAUGCCAAAGGGAACGCGCAUCCGCAUUCUCGAUCAGGAGGAGAAAAACAAGGUUUUUCAAAUUUUCCUAUCGUCAAAUCAUGCGAUUUCUUUUUUGCGCAAGAACUAACAAUGAAUUAUUGCCGCCGAUCAUCACGAGUCGCAUUCAGUGUUUUCAUUGUCAGCUACUUCAACAUCGUUGAGGUGGUAAGUAUCGACCUAAAUCUGUCUGAUACUGAUUCUUACUUUUGAAUUAUCGUACUAUGACAGAACGGUGGUUGGGUGCAGUUCACGAUGCCGGAGGUGAAGGUGAUGUACACGCAGACGGACGAGGCGCCAAUGCUCGCAACUUUCUCGCUGCUGCCCAUUCUCCGGGCCUUUUGCCGCCACGGGGGCGUGAAAAUCAUGAAGCGUGACAUUUCCGUGGCCGCGCGGAUCCGCGCCGCCUUCCCCGACUUUUUGCACCCGGACCAGCGGGUGGAGGACGAACUCCAGCUGCUCGGGGAUCUCGCGAAGACCCCCGCGGCCAACAUCAUCAAACUCCCGAACGUCUCCGCGUCGGUGCCACAGCUGCUGGGGGCGAUCAAGGAACUGCAGGCCAAGGGGUACAACGUGCCCGAUUACCCCGCGACGCCCGCGUCGAAAGAGGACGAGGAGGUGCGCGCACGCUACGCGAAGGUGCUGGGGUCCGCGGUAAACCCGGUCUUGCGCGAGGGCAACAGCGACCGCCGGGUGGCCAAGCCGGUGAAGGAAUACGCCCAGGAAAACCCCCACAAGGUGGGCGCCUGGACCCCGGACAGCAAGAGCCACGUGCACUCCAUGUCCGAUGGCGACUUCUUCUCAUCGGAGACGUCUUGGGUCAACGGCAGCGAGCCAGACUCUGUCAAAAUUGUCCUGGAACAGGACGACGGGUAUUGUAUUGCCUGUUGUUGCUUCGCAGAAGUAUCAUACGGAUCAGUACAAGAAAUGUCUUGCGUGCGUUGUCGUCUGCUCAAGCUAACCACUACUAGGGCUGAGCGCAUUUUAGUAGCUCCAGAAACAGAAAGAGAUAGAGAAUAAAGUGGUAAAUAUAUACUAGGUGGUAAAAUAUACUAGGACUUUCGAAAGAACUUGAAAAGCCGUAUCCUCACUAAAAAAGCACGACCACGGUUCUGAAGAACAAGACCGUGCUUCUUCCCGGAGAGAUCAUCGACUCGUCUCGGAUGUCGAUUGGCAAGCUGCGCGAGAUGCUGGAAGAGAGUCUGCAGACGGUCGAGGCAGGCACCGUGUGGAGUUUGCACCUGAAGGCGACGAUGAUGAAGAUUUCCGACCCGAUUAUGUUUGGGCACGCGGUGCAGGUGUUCUACAAGGACGUGUUCGAGAAGCACGGCGCGCUGUUUGCCGAGCUGAAUGUGAACCCGAACAACGGGCUGGGCGACGUGUACGCCAAACUGGAGGGACACCCCAAGGAGGAGGAAGUGGUGGCCGACAUUAUGAAAGUGUACGAGACCCGCCCGGAGAUCGCCUUCGUGGACAGCAACAAGGGCAUCACCAACCUGCACGUGCCGAGCGACGUGAUCGUGGACGCGAGUAUGGCCGCCGCGGUCCGCGACAGCGGGCGCAUGUGGGACAAGAACGACUCCCUCCAAGACAGCAAAUUCGUCAUUCCCGAUCGCUCCUACGCCGGCAUCUACCAGGCAAUCAUCGAUGACUGCAAACUGAAUGGAAAGCUCGACGUCACCACCGUAUUGAAGAAAUCAAUCUGCUACGAUUGAUACGUUUAUUUAGGCUGCUUGACAAAGUCGAAAUGUUGAUAUUCGAACUUUUGCGCAGCCACAGCACACUCUCAGGAAAUAUGUUAACGGUGCAACGUCAGGUCGUUUUACUUAGUUACGAGUCGGAGUUCCCAGUUUUACUUGAACUUGAAUGAGGUCCAAAAAGUACUAGCAGCCUAUGUGUCAUCUCUUUCGUUUUCAGGUCGGCGCUACGUCUAACGUUGGGCUGAUGGCAGCGAAAGCCGAGGAGUAUGGGAGCCACGACAAGACCUUCGAAAUCUAUCAAAUCUGAAACGGUCGCUGUCAGGCGCGUACGAGUAAAUAAAUGCUGGCGGUCCAUGAUCUGUUUCUCAUACAUAGACCCAUGCAUGUGUAGCAACAUGAGAUAGAAGUGUUGCGUUUCUACCUCCCUUCCCCUGAGGGUCAUACUUGAAUGAAGACAUGAAUUGACGGAAAGUUGUUUGACCACGAUUUUUGCGUCUCUACGGAGGAUGCACAAAGCGAUGAAUGCAAGGGGUCCAUGUAGUUGCUGAUUAUCAUAAAUGCAGUAAUGCUAUAUGCGUUCUUGCGUGAUGAUGCUUAACGGUUUCGAGCGCCACCGCGGCCUUUCUGGUUUGAUAGAAGCCCCGCGAGCGGCACGGUGAAGGUGCAGCUCCGGUCCAAGGAAGGCGUGACCCUGUUCGAGCACCCGGUGGAGAAGGGGGACAUCUGGCGGAUGUGUCAGACCAAUAUCCAGAAAAAAACAUCCAUCCCCAUCCAAUUUGUCAUGCAAGACAUGCAUAAAAUCCACUAUUUGUCAUGCGAAAAAUGGAUGGGGAUGGGUGGUUUUUUCCUGGAUAACCAAGGACGAGCCCAUCCAGGACUGGGUGAAGCUGGCCGUGAACCUAUGGUGAGUAAAAACGUCCCCACCCCAUGCUUGUCAUGCAGAUUUGCAGUUACAGGAAGAUUUGUAAUGCGCAUCCCCAUGAGACGAGGCAUUUCCAAUCGUGUUUUGGACUUUGUAAUGCUGUAAACGGGAUUACUAAAUGGAUUUGUGUUGCAGCUGUACUUGCUAAACUGCACUACACUACAGCGAGGAACCUGUCAUGCUUGACUCCCAAAACUUCUCGAUUUGUGUUGCGAGAUCCCCAUCUUGGCUAUGGGGUGGGGACGCUUUUACUCAGGAUAGAACCGGGCCCGCGCGUCCAACGCCGCCGCCAUCUUCUGGCUGGACGAGCACCGGGCACACGACGCCAACGUUAUUACAAUGAAAAAUGCCCCCACACCCGAACUUGGGAGCAUUUGUCUUGCAAACCUUUCCAAGCGAAACACUCACCGUCUUGCAUCUAUCAGCAUCACAGGUUUCCAAUCGUGAGUAGCAAAAAUAUGUAAUGCAAAAGACCCCAGCAAGCGCGGCGCUUGUCAUGCACGCGAUGCAAUACACGCCUAGACUCUGCAUCAGAAAGAUUCAUCUUCCUUUCAUGCAUGACAAAACGUUUUCAUUUGGAAAGUUCGCAUCGUAAAUUUUUGCAAUUUCAGAGAUGGGGGGCACUUUUCACUGUAAUAAACGUCAUCAAGAAGGUGCAGGAGUACCUGAAGCUGUACGACACCGAGGGACUGGACCUGUCCAUCCUGCCGCCCGCCGAGGCGAUGAAGAAAACGCUGGAGCGCGCACGCGCGGGCAAAGACACCAUCACGGUGACCGGGAACGUGUUGCGGGACUACCUCACCGACCUGUUCCCCAUCCUGGAACUGGGUACCUCCGCGAAGAUGCUCUCCAUCGUGCCCCUCCUCGCCGGCGGAGGCAUGUUCGAAACGGGGGCCGGGGGGAGUGCCCCGAAGCACGUCCAGCAGUUCCUCAAGGAGGGCCACCUGCGCUGGGAUUCGCUGGGGGAGUUCCUCGCCAUGGCGGUGAGCAUGGAAGACCUGGGGCAGAAAACCGAAAACAAGGACGCCAUCGUGCUCGCGCAGACCCUGAACACCGCGGUGGGAAAGCUUUUGACCCUGAACAAGUCGCCCAAGCGCCAGGUCAUGCAACUGGAUAACCGCGGGUCGCACUUCUACCUCUCGCUCUACUGGGCCGAGGCGCUCGCGGGUCAGUCAGAGUCACAGCACUUGCAGGAACGGUAGAACUACCUUUGUUGAUAUGAAGUAAACAAAAUACUAACCUCUCAGUGAGGUGACGUGGAGUGUUCUGCCUAGCUAGGUUGAAGGAAGCAAAUUCACAACCACAUUCUGUGCACUUGGACGAAUAUAGCCGAAGCAUAUCAACAACAAGGCAUGGUACGGAAUAGGUGCAGUUCCAUCGUGUUUCGUGUUUUUGCUCUAAAAGGAAUUGAAAAAGUAACAACAGAAGACCCUAAAAGAAGCUCAUUUAGAAGAGUAACGCACUACAUAAAACGGUAGACACUUGACACACAUAAAGAGGAGGUUGUUGGUCUCCGGUCCUCGGUCCUCAGUCCAUCGCGAGGCAAUAUAUGAGGAGAUAAGAAGGGAGAAGCACCAGACACAUAAGAAGGAGGUUGUUGGUCUCCGGUCCUCGGUCCUCAGUCCAUCGCGAGGUAAUAUGUGAGGAGAUAAGAAGGGAGAAGCACCAGACACAUAAGAGGGAGGCUGUUGGUCUCCGGUCCUCGGUCCUCACUCCGUCGCGAGGUAGUAUAUGAGGAGCGAAGAAGGUAGAAGCACCAGACACAUAAGAGGGAGGCUGUUGGUCUCCGGCCCUCGCUCCUCAGUUCAUCGCGAGGCAAUAUCUGACGAGAUAAGAACGUAGAAACACCCGGCACAUAAUAUGACGUCCUCAGAUGUGAAAUUUCAAAGAAUUCCAAAAAAAAAAUUAGCUAGCUUCGACGCGUAAAAUGUUAUAUAAUUAUGUAGCUAGUUAAGGUGGAGUGGUUUCGUGGUCUCCGGCUGCGUCUGCGCACAAGUGCUCCUUUUGCCAGCGCGCUUUGUUGCAGUGGAUGACGUUCUCGCCUGUUUUUCGCUUUUUUAUGUAUUUCAAGAUAGGUAAGGGCGCGAAGGCGAGAUUUUGUCUACUCCUAAAAGGGGGGAUCUUUUGGUCCCCCAAAAGUCGGGCCUGGGGGGGGCCCCUCAAAAAUCAGUUCGAUUCUGAGGACGAAAUCCGCAAAAUCGAGGGACUCAGGUCGGCGCAGAAAUCAUUUUGAAGCCGAGAAAUUCCCCCCCUUAGCGCGCCUGAGGGGGGGGGGGUUGAGGGGCCCCCCCCCGGGGCUUUCAAUUCUGAGGACAGAAGCCGGCAUAUUCUAAGCAUACCAUGCGGAAUAAAGUUCGGAACAAGCACAAAAAUGCAUUCUUACGAUAUCGCAAAGCCGCGAGCGCGCUUUUCUGUCCGAAGUCGCUACACAUUUCGACCACACGCAGCCGGAGACCACGAAACCACCCUACCUGAGCUAGCUACUUCAUGAAAUAAUUAAUAAGUUACCUAAAGUAGCUAGGUUUUUUUUUCGAUUUUUUUCAAAUUUCACAUCUGAGGACCUCAUACAUAAGAAGGAGGCUGCUGGCCCCCGGUCCUCGGUCCUCAGUUCCCCGCGAGAUAAUACGCGACGAGACAAGGAGGCAGAAGCACCAGACACAUACGCAGGGCGGGGCUUGCUGCUCUCCGGUCCUCGGGCCUCAGUUCAUCUCGAAGCUAGCAAUAUUUGGAUGAUGGGGCAAGAAGGUAGAGGCACCAGGCACAUACCACCUUGCUGGGCGUUUCGCAGUGGGUGUGGAUGGAAAUAGGAGGGCAGGCAUUUGCUUGUCGUUUCGCGGAAGAUUCGCCGGAUUUUGCCCCUAACGCUUUUGGGCCGAAAAAUCCACUUUUUUUCUGAAAUUUUUUAAAAUUUCCGAGAAGGGUAGCGGGGUGGCUCUUGGGCCGGGGGCGGGUUGGGGCCCGUCCUGCAGGCUGCACAAGAAGGCUGGCGGGAUUUGGGUCGCUGCCUUCGGUGCUUCGCAAUGGGAUGAAGCAAAACACAAAGGCGCCACGCCGCACGGGCUCGGUAUGCCUCAGGAGCGCGCGGGAGGCGGCGCGCAGGCAUGAUGGACGUGGCUGCUCGACAACGCGGGCGCUCGGAUGCGUUCGAAUUGAAGUGAAGAAUUUCCUUUGCGUGUGGCCAAGAAAAAUUUCAAAAAAGUUUCGAUCUGCCCACAAAAAAUUUGAAUUUGGCCGGAUAAAAUUUCAAGAGGUGCGAAAAAUGGCCAAAAAAAAUUUCGGAAAAUCGGCCACAUUAGCAAAAUCCCAUUGGUUUUUGCAAUUUGGCCACUUUCUAGAAUUUUUUUCAAAUUUUUUUUGCGCGCCUCUUGAUUUUUCCCGGAUUUUUUUCAAAUUUUUUCUGCGAUUUUUCCUGGCCAAACCCAAAGAGAAAUCUUCUGCGGCGGCAAUGCGCCACGAGGGCGCCUCUGCUCCCCGACAGAAGAAGGCGCAACCCCGCACGGAUUUGCCGCUCUGGGUUCUCAUCACCAGCAGCGGAGGCCAAGAGAUGUGGACCACCCAAGCGGGCAAGUAUGCGACACCUGCGCCCGGCCCUCCUCUGACAAACAGGGGCGAGAACAGACUCGGGGCAUGCCUCACAUAAGCCAGACCGUCGGGGAAGCAAAAAAAUUCAAAAAAUUUUUUUUGGCUUUUUUUUGGAUUUUGUUUUUGCGCUAUGUGGAUUUUCCGAAAUUUUUUGCGUUAGGGUGGAAAUCCUGCGAAGGAAGAUGAUGCUCGUUGCUCUCGAGCAUGCGCAUCAUCUCCCGCAGACCGCAGGAAAAUAUCUGCAGCUGCCGGAUCUUACAUGGUCCCGCGAAGCCGAAGCAAGCGGAGGAAUCUUCCGGCUCACCGGAAGAGCCUUCCGGCUCCGUUUCCGGUUUUGCCGUCCGCAGUGCUGCUCUUUCAUCUUCUAAAGUCGCGAAGUGCCGGCUUUGUGUAUGAUUUCGCCUACCCGGCAGCUUUAGCGGAUUUUUAGAAGCCUCGAAGCUGCCGCGUGGGCGAAAGAAUUAGAAGAAUUUCAGAGGCAGUGCGAAGCAGGCAGAACUAAAGGCGUUGCUAAGUAAAGGAUUGCUUAGAGGCCUACGCAGAGGCCAUUUCAGAAAUGGACCACCAGGAGGCAGCUAUUUGUAGCGCAGCACUGCGCAACCGCCCUCAGGUUGUUGAAGCGACCACCUCAGCACCGCCUGCAUUUGCAAAAGCUGAGGCGGCCACUUCGGCCAUUGGGAGGGACGGCACGCGCUCCGCUGCAUGUUCUCCGCUGCGCGCGCGCACCAGCGCGCGCCGCGAGCUUUUUUCAGUUUGCGCGCGCGCGCCGCGCGCUUGAGGUGCUUUCUGUUGUUGCACCCGUAUGCCGAUCCGCGCGCGCGCCGCGCGCGCCCAAAAACAGCACUUCUGAAACAAGUUCGAGACUAUUAAAAGUUUUUUAAUAUUCGUUUUAUUUAAUAUCUGUCGUUUUAUUUCAUUCCUUUCCAGCUACACCGCAGAAAUUGCGCAGAAACCCAGCCGAGAAACCGCAGCAAGCAAAACAAAUUUUGUGUCGCCGGGGUGGGGAAGUUGUGGCCUUAGAUUUUUGAAGUCCGAAAGGGAAACACUGGGCGGGUCCGGAUAGGCCCGGCCAUCUGUGGACACGGCCCGCCAGACGACCGACCGCACCUACCCCCCUCCUUUUCGGUAUCGAAAAGGGGGCCCAUUAAUCGCGCGGCCUGUAAAACAAAAAACAAAACUGCAAACAAAUGAGAACACAAAAGUAAGACAAAAAAGUAAGGCGAAAAAGUAAAGCGAAAAAAUCGCAGCAGCCAAAACAUAAGAACAAAAGUAAGGCACAAACGCAAGCCCAAAACGCAAGAGCGUGAAAGCGCCCCCGAAUUAGAGCGCGGCAAAGGUCUCGCACACAAGGGCGACGCCCCGCCGGCUUUCUCCCAAUUCCGGAAGUGCCAUGGGCGGGCGGCCGCAACAAAACAGAGGGCAGCGAACAGGAAAAGGGGGCGCAGCCAGAAGCGAAAGCCUGUGCCGGAAAUGGCGAAGGCCGUAAAUUUUUUAGGCUUUGCCAAGAUCCGUCUACGCAAUGCGCGGCCCAGGGUGGAAAAAAAGCACAUGGGCCGGCGCGAUUCUGAUUAGUGCGAUCAGCUUCAUGCCCGUAAUGGAAAUGGAUCAAGAUGGUCCCGCCACUUUGAAAUGGGCCGAGUCCCGACCCGCGUGCUCUUCCUGAUCUUUCCGACCAGGUCGCGGCCGACAAGCAACCGAAAGGCCAGCCGCGAAAAAAAAACGAAGGCCACGCGGGCCGUUUUCAUUUGAUUGGGGCGGAUACCUGCUGGGUGUUGCAAAAAUGUAUGCUGAAGGCUGACAAACCGGCUGGAUUUUUUUCAUUUCGCCCCUAAUCGGACAGCCCGAAGCCAACCGGUCGGGGGUGGAAGCCGAAGGGGCCGGCGCAGAUACUGCCUCGGACUUCUCCCAGCGACAACGACUGACAGCAACCCCCGGAGCUCCGGCCCGUCGCCUCGAAGUUCCGGCGAUGACGAAGGCGGCGCAGGCGGCUAGUGAUUUCGGUGGGCGGCCACCAAUCUGCCUCCAGGUGGCGCGUUCAUUCGUGUUAAACUGCAGGGGGGCGCAAAGAACAACAGCGCGCGCGCGUGGUUCACAACCUGGCAGAUCGCAAGCGGGGACGGGCGCGCGUUGUGCGUCGCCAUNGAGACUAUUAAAAGUUUUUUAAUAUUCGUUUUAUUUAAUAUCUGUCGUUUUAUUUCAUUCCUUUCCAGCUACACCGCAGAAAUUGCGCAGAAACCCAGCCGAGAAACCGCAGCAAGCAAAACAAAUUUUGUGUCGCCGGGGUGGGGAAGUUGUGGCCUUAGAUUUUUGAAGUCCGAAAGGGAAACACUGGGCGGGUCCGGAUAGGCCCGGCCAUCUGUGGACACGGCCCGCCAGACGACCGACCGCACCUACCCCCCUCCUUUUCGGUAUCGAAAAGGGGGCCCAUUAAUCGCGCGGCCUGUAAAACAAAAAACAAAACUGCAAACAAAUGAGAACACAAAAGUAAGACAAAAAAGUAAGGCGAAAAAGUAAAGCGAAAAAAUCGCAGCAGCCAAAACAUAAGAACAAAAGUAAGGCACAAACGCAAGCCCAAAACGCAAGAGCGUGAAAGCGCCCCCGAAUUAGAGCGCGGCAAAGGUCUCGCACACAAGGGCGACGCCCCGCCGGCUUUCUCCCAAUUCCGGAAGUGCCAUGGGCGGGCGGCCGCAACAAAACAGAGGGCAGCGAACAGGAAAAGGGGGCGCAGCCAGAAGCGAAAGCCUGUGCCGGAAAUGGCGAAGGCCGUAAAUUUUUUAGGCUUUGCCAAGAUCCGUCUACGCAAUGCGCGGCCCAGGGUGGAAAAAAAGCACAUGGGCCGGCGCGUUUCUGAUUAGUGCGAUCAGCUUCAUGCCCGUAAUGGAAAUGGAUCAAGAUGGUCCCGCCACUUUGAAAUGGGAGGGCCGAGUCCCGACCCGAGUGCUCUUCCUGAUCUUUCCGACCAGGUCGCGGCCGACAAGCAACCGAAAGGCCUGCCGCGAAAAAAAAACGAAGGCCACGCGGGCCGUUUUCAUUUGAUUGGGGCGGAUACCUGCUGGGUGUUGCAAAAAUGUAUGCUGAAGGCUGACAAACCGGCUGGAUUUUUUUCAUUUCGCCCCUAAUCGGACAGCCCGAAGCCAACCGGUCGGGGGUGGAAGCCGAAGGGGCCGGCGCAGAUACUGCCUCGGACUUCUCCCAGCGACAACGACUGACAGCAACCCCCGGAGCUCCGGCCCGUCGCCUCGAAGUUCCGGCGAUGACGAAGGCGGCGCAGGCGGCUAGUGAUUUCGGUGGGCGGCCACCAAUCUGCCUCCAGGUGGCGCGUUUAUUCGUGUUAAACUGCAGGGGGGCGCAAAGAACAACAGCGCGCGCGCGUGGUUCACAGCCUGGCAGAUCGCAAGCGGGGCCGGGCGCGCGUUGUGCGUCGCCAUCUUUGUUCCCGCGCAGUGAACCUUUUCGCCUUCAGGGCCAGGCGGGUCAAUGACUGAAGCAAAGCCGUAAGGCCCUGGCGCCUUAUGUGAGCGCGCGCGGGCUCACGUCCGUCGUGUCGCCCGGUUGCCGGUUGUGUGAUCAAAAGCAACGGGGGCCGGGGCGCCGCGACGCUUCAGUUCGCCGCCUGUUCAUUUAGUACGCAUGGGCGCGCCCGCCAGGCGAGGAAAAAUGGCGGCGCUCGGCCGCCUCCUGUUGCGCCCGGGCUCCCUCCGCGAUGUCUGUCAUGUGCCAGCCCCGCGAUGGGCUGAGGGGGUGCCGUGGACCAAUUGGCCCCCUUUUUUUUGUGUGGCGGCUUUCUACCUUCUUUCCCCGUCGGAUCCUGCCCGGUGAUGGGCCGCGGGCCGGAGACCAACAAACUCCCUCUGCUGUGUGUUGGCCUUCUGCCUUCUUAUCUCGCCAACUACUACCCUGCGAAGGACUGAGGACUGAGAACCGAGGACCGGAGACCAACAAGCCCCCUGUGAUGUGUGUGGGCUUUUUCCCUUCUUCUCUCGUUGUCUUCUAUUACAGUGGGAUGGACUGAGGGCCGAGGAUCGGAGGCCAACCAACCCCCUUUCUCUCUUGAUGUGUGUGAGCUUUCUUCUUUCUUUUCUCGUUGUCUUGUAUUGCCUUGCGAUGGACUGAGGACCGAGGACCGGAGACCAACAGACCCCCCUUUGAUGUGUGUGAGCUUUCUCCCUUCUUCUCCCGUUGUCUUCUAUUACCUUGGGAUGGACUGAGGACCGAGGACCGGAGACCAACAAACCCCCUUUGAUGUGUGUGAGCUUUCUCCCUUCUUCUCUCGUUGUCUUCUAUUGCCUUGGGAUGGAUUGAGGACCGAGGACCGGAGACCAACAAACCCCCUUUGGUGUGUGUGAGGUGUCUCCUUUUGUGGGAGUUGAGUAGUUGAGUGGUGUUUGUUGUUGCUGCAGUUCUUGCGCAAGUAGAGAAAAAACACAAAUCACGAUGGUGCUGCACCUAUUCCGUACCAUGCCAACAACAAGAAAAAAUACAGGUUCAAGAGCGUGCGUCAGCAGUUGAAGGAAAAUGAGUCGCGGAUUCUCGGAGAACUGAUUGCCGCGGAAGGGCGCAAAACGGAUGUCGGUGGUUAUUGGAUGCCUGACCCGUUCCUGGCUUCUCAGGCCAUGCGCCCAUCGCCCACCUUUAAUAGCAUCAUCGAUGCGACAAUGGCGGCAAGCGGAUUUUAA